CAACACCAUCACCUUGGGGGUUAGGAUUUCAACAUAUGAACCUGUAGGGGGACACAGACAUUCUGUCUGUAGCAUAAGUGGUCGCUUUUUCUGUUUGUGGUAGAGCCAGUUCCUCCCUUUCACAAGGUCUGAAGGUGGCUAAACGACCUUACCACCUAGACGUCGCUAAUGGGCCUUGUUACCCACUUCCUCUGUAUGUUGCGUUUCAGAGAACUAUUUUGAUUCUGCCAUAUGAAGGGCAUUUGGUUUUCUGAGUCAGAGUAUCUGCUUCUAAUGGGAAUCGGUUCAGCUACAGCAGUAGGCAUGGAGGGCUAGCCGUCUUGGGGUCGGAUUUGACCUUGAGCACCAAUCCCUCCUGAAUUUGUUAUAUGGUACCUUAGGAGUUGCUUCGCCUGUUUUGCCCAUCCUACCGCUAGUAAAAUGGUCUAACCGAUCCUUUCAUAAGGACGUUGCAUGAAGAAAAUGAGGUGUGAUUUCUGCAAAAAAAAAAAAAGAUCCAUGUGUGUUAGCUAUGUUUGCAAAGGGUAUUUGAGAACUUUUUAUUGAAAUAAAAUAUACCUACAGAAAAUAGCAUAUACCUACAGAAAAUAAAAUAUACCUACACUCCUAGAUGUAGAGCUGAGUGAGUUCUCACAAAGUGAGCACAUCCACAUAUCCAGCACCUAGAGCCAGAAACGAACACAGCCAUCAUCCCAGAAACUACACCCCCAAGUGCAACCACUGUUCCUAAGCAGCGUUGUUGAGUUCAGCUAUUUUCACGCCUAGAUUUGGUGAUGCUGAACAUGCCCUGUAACACCAGUGCAGUAGCUGAUCCAGGGAACCUGUGUUCUGAUAUGAAGGCAGGAUUCCUGGGAGUUAGAGAGAAGUGGAGAGUUUAAUAGUUAGCACAGUUAAAUGAUAAUGAUAACAAUAAAAGGCAAGUGCAAUAUGAAACAUCCCAGAUGCAGACAAUAAAGCUUGUGGUUCCCAAUUUGUUAAUAGCUAAAGAGAGAUGUCCAAGUUAAAGAGUGUUGGCAUUUUGAAUUGGCAUGUGGUUCUACUAAAUAGCAUCUUCUCCAGGGGAGGGGAGGCAGUGGGUUUCACGAGAGUUUUGUUUUGUUUCUGAGGAGCGUGUCUGUUGCAUACACUUGCAAUCUGAACAAAGGCUCUGCAGUGGAAGGCAGCCUCUGCCCUCCAACAGUUCAUAUAUUGGUUGGAGGGAGGAUUUAAAAAGUCACCAAGGCAAGGAGAAGCCUCAGAGAAGGCGAGCUUAACUGAGUCUUGACAAAUUGGUAGAAUUCAGAGACAGAGAAGAAGUGGGCAUUUAAGAUAGAAAGUAGGCAUUUAACAUCCCCAAGGCAGUGGGGACAUCCAGGUGGCCUUCUGAGGACACAGAGGAGACAGAGCAGUCUCGGGAGUGUGGAGGGUUCUCCUCGAUACGGCUGGAAAGUGCUUUCCAUCGAAGCUGUCCAGCACAGUGGAUACAGACGCAGGUUACAAAUGCAGGGUACAAAUACAAGUACACAGACCUCGAUUUGGGUUUGAAUUUUGGGUUUGUCACUGACCAUGUUGACCCUGGCAAAUCACUGUACCUCAAUUAGCCUCAGCAGUCAGAACCUACUCAUAGUUGUAAUGAGAAUGAAAUUACAGGAGAUGACACACUCAGAGCACUGAGUACAAGAUCUCAUGCAUAACAAGGCCUGAAUAAGGUAUCAGCUACCAUUAGCACUUGCAAGUGUAUGUGUGAACCCUGCCAUUUUCUCUUGUGCAGUUUUCAAAGUCUUACACUACACUUCUCUGUUCCUUCAAGCUCAUGGUUUGUCAAGACUUUUUCUUCAAAGACCAGAUGGUAAAUAUUUUCAGCCCAUGUGGUCUUCGUUGAAACCAUUCAGUCCUGCCCUUGUAGCUCAAAAGCAACCACAGACAAGCCAUACACGUAGCUGGAUUUGGCCCAGAGCUACUUUGUAUUUGUGCACAAAAGUGUCCUCCCCAGGGUAGGCUAGGGAUCGCUUUCAAAGAAGCUGGUGUGAUGGCCAGUCCCAUAGUCGACGAAAUCUCUAUUGUCACUGGGUUUUUGCACUAUGUCAGGCUUGUGGAAUGAAUACGGACACUCGUAAAUACCACUGGAUGGGUGUCUUUCAAAAACAUUUACUGAUCACCUUCCUUCUGUCCUCACUGUCCUAGGCCCUAAAAGGGUAGAACCCGGCCAAAACCCACAGCCUUCCAAGUGAGAUCACACCCCUGGUUUCAGGACUUAAUGAAGCUCGGGUUCUUGAUGUUUCAUCGCAGAAAGAAUUCAGUGAGAGCCAAAGUGAUAGUUUUGUUCUCUUGGCUUCAUGGAAAAACUCUUAAGAGUUUUAAAAUCUUAAGCAUUCUGAAAACCCCUGAUGACCUGAGUCACCUGGGCAAAGAGCUCGAUAAAAUAUUGCAGAGCUACUUUGCUGCAUGUGAAGAUGAGACCCCUGCCAUCCGGAACCACGACAAGGUCCUGCAGCGUCUGUGUGAGCACUUGGACCACGCCCUGCUCUAUGGACUGCAAGACCUCUCAUCUGGCUACUGGGUGCUCGUGGUGCAUUUCACCCGGAGAGAGGCCAUCAAGCAGAUCGAGGUGCUGCAGCACGUGGCCACCAACCUGGGACGCAGCCGGGCCUGGCUGUACCUGGCCCUCAACGAGAACUCCCUGGAGAGCUACCUGCGGCUGUUCCAGGAGAACCUGGGUCUCCUGCACAAGUACUACGUCAAGAAUGCCCUGGUCUGCAGCCAUGACCACCUGACCCUCUUCCUGACCUUGGUGUCUGGGCUGGAGUUCAUUCGGUUCGACCUGGACCUGGACGCCCCCUACUUAGACUUGGCCCCCUACAUGCCCGACUACUACAAACCCCAGUACCUGCUGGACUUUGAAGACCGCCUCCCCAGCUCGGUCCACGGCUCGGACAGCCUCUCCCUCAACUCCUUCAACUCCGUCACCUCCACCACCCUGGAGUGGGACGACAGUGCCAUCGCCCCGUCUAGUGAGGAUGGAGACCUCACAGACACUGUCAGUGGCCCCCGCUCUACUGCCUCGGACCCGGCCAGCAGCAAGGCUUCCACCAAGAGUCCCACCCAGCGCCACAACCCCUUCAAUGAGGACCAGGCAGAGACCGUGUCCUCCUCCGACACCACCCCUGUGCACACCGCCUCUCAGGAGAAGGGGGAGCCCCAUACCCCGGACUUGCCAGACACCUGCACAGAGCUCGAGGUCAUCAGGGUCACCAAGAAGAAGAAAAUUGGCAAGAAGAAGAAGCCCAGAUCGGAUGAGGAAGCAAGUCCACUCCACCCGGCCUCUACCCAGCACACGUGUGCCAGGCGGGGCAGUGGUGACACCCUCGUCAGCAGCCCAGGCCCCGGGCGGGUCUCCCCAGACAAGACCCUCGCCUCCGCCGGGGAGGAGACAGAGGGACCCGGCAGCACAGUCGAGGGCAGCGAGCGCUCAGAGCCCGGCCAGGUGGGCCUGCUUAUCCCCGAGAUGAAGGACACCUCCAUGGAGUGCUUGGGGCAGCCCCUGAGUAAGGUCAUUGAUCAGCUCCACGGGCAGCUGGACCCCAGCACCUGGUGCUCCCACGUCGAGCCCCCCAAUCAGUCCUUUCGGACUGGCUCUCCCGGGGACGCCCCGGAGAGGCCGCCAUUUUGCGACUUUAGUGAGGGGCUUCCAGCCCCAAUGGACUUCUACCGCUUUACCGUCGAGAGUCCAAGUACUGUUGCAUCAGGUGGCGGCCACCAUGACCCUGCAGGGCCUGGCCAACCGCUGCAUGUUCCUGGUAGCCCUGCGGCUGCUGGCCAAGAAGAAGAGGGAGGAGGACGAGGGCCGGGACAGGCGCCUCGGCCCCUAGAGGACACCCCGGGGGAGACGCAGGAGCCAGAGGCCCAGGAGCUGGAGACCCGGUUGCCCCUGGUCGGUGAGGGACCUGUGCCUGAGCAGGAGCCUGGGACCCAGGAAACUCUUUGCCAACUCAAGCGAGACCAGCCCAGCCCUUGUCUGAGCAGCGCCGAGGACUCUGGGGUGGACGAGGGGCAGGGGAGCCCUUCGGAGAUGAGCCACUCGGCAGAGUUCAGGGUAGACAACAAUCACUUACUCCUGCUCAUGAUCCACGUGUUCCGAGAAAACGAAGAGCAGCUCUUCAGGAUGAUCCGGAUGAGCACGGGGCACAUGGAGGGCAACCUGCAGCUGCUGUACGUGCUGCUCACAGACUGCUAUGUCUACCUGCUCCGGAAAGGUGCCUGCCGCCCCCAGGCUAGGCCAGGGCAGCUGCCGAGGUCGCGUGGAGGACGCCACCCUCGUUCCCUUCCCCCGCCCCCCGCCCUGAGUGUCAUUGAUCAGCACAGAGUGCUGAAGAGCACAGAGUGCUGCCUGGCACGUGGUGAUGAAACGGGGGCCACAGAGAAGCCAUACCUGGUGGAAGAGGCUGUUUCUUACAAUGAACUUGACUAUGUGUCGGUGGGCCUCGACCAGCAGACAGUGAAGCUGGUGUGCACCAACCGCAGGAAGCAGUUUCUGCUGGACACGGCGGACGUGGCCCUGGCCGAGUUCUUCUUGGCUUCUUUGAAGUCAGCCAUGAUCAAGGGCUGUCGGGAACCACCCUACCCCAGCGUCCUGACUGAUGCCACCAUGGAGAAGCUGGCACUGGCCAAAUUUGUGGCCCAGGAAUCUAAGUGUGAGGCGACCACUGUUUCUGUGUGCUUCUACGGGCUCGUGCACUGGCAGGACCCCCAGGAUGAGUCCCUGGGCCGCAUCUCCUGCCACUGCUCACCCCCUGAGGGUGCCGUCACCAAAGAAGGCAUGCUGCAUUACAAGGCGGGCACCUCCUACCUGGGCAAGGAACACUGGAAGACGUGCUUCGUGGUGCUCAGCAACGGGAUCCUCUACCAGUACCCCGACCGCACUGAUGUCACCCCCCUGCUCUCAGUGAACAUGGGGGGGGAGCAGUGCGGUGGCUGUCGGAGAUCCAGCACCACGGACCGGCCCCACGCCUUCCAGGUCAUCCUCGCCGACCGGCCCUGCCUGGAGCUGAGCGCCAGCAGCGAGGCUGAGAUGGCUGACUGGAUGCAGCACCUCUGCCAGGCCGUGUCCAAAGGGGUCAUCCCCCAGGGGGUAACUCCCAGCCCCUGCAUCCCCUGCUGCCUGGUGAUCACGGAUGACCGCCUCUUCACGUGCCACGAGGACUGCCAGACCAGCUUCUUCCGCUCCCUGGGCACCGCCCAGCUGGCCGACAUCAGCACCGUCUCCACUGAACCGGGCAAGGAGUACUGUGUCUUGGAGUUUUCCCAGGACAGCCAGCAGCCCCUCCCACCCUGGGUCAUUUACCUGAGCUGCACAUCUGAACUGGACCGAUUCCUGUCUGCACUGAACUCCGGGUGGAAAACCAUCUACCAGGUGGACCUCCCCCGUAAGGCCAUCCAGGAAGCCUCCAACAAGAAGAAGUUCGAGGACGCCCUGAGCCUUAUCCACAGCGCCUGGCAGCGGAGCGACAGCCUGUGCCGGGGCAGAGCCUCCCGGGACCCCUGGUGCUGAGGCGGAGCUGGCGGGCGUCCUGGAGGGGCCGGAGAGGGAGGCGGGCGAGCGGCUGCUGGGGCCAGGCUCCCGCCCUCGUUCCCGGGCAGCAGAACCACCGAGUGGGGCUUGAGACAAGGUCUCCCUCCCAGGGACCCAGAACGGGUGCCCAGCACCCUGGGCCUCCUGCCCGGCAGGUGGCAACUGGGAAGUGCUGGGGGCAGAGGGUCCGAGCCCUAUGGGCUCUGCAGAUGCACGGCCCCCUUCCCCGGGGCCACCGCCUCACUCCACGAGGGGAGCAGGACUCAGAGGGCAGGAGCCCCUCUUCCUCCCCUGGGUCAGGGGCCCGGGCAGAGGCUUAGGCCGCCCUGGGGGCUCUGAGUGCCCGGCCAUCCCUGUUCAUGUUUGAACAUUCACCCGGCUGGGAGGGAAGCUGGAACACCGCGGUCUCAGUGCAUGUCUUCUCCUCACUAGCUCCAUCCCCAAGCACACUGCUCCCUGCCUUCCAGGGCCCGGGGGGUUGCAGGGGGCCGGGAUGGCCCUCCCUGGCUACCAGGAGGCCCUGCAUGUCCACGGCCCCCUACCUCCCCUCCUCCAAACCUGGCAGUGCCUGUAGGACCCAGGGAUCAGGCCAUCUCCUUUUUGCCAGGAGCAAAGGGGAGGGAGGAGGGCUUGGAGAGGAGCAAAGCCCACCAGCCUGUGUCCCCUGCCUGGCUGGAGCCAGGUCCUUCCCAAGAGGGCCCUCUGGGGGAAGGGGUCAGGUGGCCUGGGUUUUGUUUUUUAAAAUAAAAUAGACAUGUUAUAUUGCCAA